UCUCUCAGAAAUGGAGCAAUCCUCUGCAGCCGCUUCGCAGACUCAGUCCCAUCCAGUGCUUCUGGUCAUAAACUGGCCAGCGCUGCCAGGUGCUUGAGGCGCGGGGCGGAGUGAGCGAGGGCAGGUUUCUCCCGAGAGGAGUCACGCUGGUUGUUGCCGCCGCCUCCUCCUCUGCCGCGUCGUCUUCUCUCAGGUGGACUGGCGAGCAGCGGGCUGGGCGCAGUACCAUGGCAUCUCGGAGAUCUGGCUUCUAUCGGCAGGAGAUCAACAAGACUGUGUGGGAGAUUCCGGAGCGGUACUACGACCUCAAGUCCGUAGGCUCCGGGGCAUACGGAGCCGUAUGUUCUGCCAUCGAUAAGCGGACUGGGGCAAAAGUUGCUAUAAAGAAGUUGUACCGUCCCUUCCAAUCAGAGCUGUUUGCCAAGCGUGCCUACAGAGAGUUGCGUCUUCUCAAGCACAUGCGACAUGAGAAUGUCAUUGGUCUUCUGGAUGUAUUCACUCCGGAUGCCUCGUUGGACAAGUUCCAGGACUUCUACCUUGUGAUGCCAUUCAUGGGAACAGAUUUAGGAAAGAUUAUGAAAAUGGAACGCCUCACAGAAGACCGCAUCCAGUUCCUUGUGUACCAAAUUCUAAAGGGGCUCAAGUACAUACAUUCUUCAGGAAUCAUUCACAGGGACCUCAAACCUGGAAACCUGGCCGUCAAUGAGGACUGUGAGCUCAAGAUCCUGGACUUUGGGUUGGCACGGCAGGCAGACAGUGAGAUGACUGGGUAUGUGGUGACUCGUUGGUACAGGGCCCCAGAGGUCAUUCUGAACUGGAUGCACUACACACAGACAGUGGACAUUUGGUCAGUGGGAUGCAUUAUGGCAGAGAUGAUCUCUGGAAGACCUCUUUUCAAGGGGAAUGACCAUCUAGACCAGCUGACUGAAAUAAUGAAAAUUACUGGUACACCAACUCAGGACUUUAUCCACAAGCUGCAAAGCCAGGAUGCCAAGAACUACAUCAAGAGUUUACCCAGAGUGCAGAAGAAAGACUUGCAGGCUUUAUUUGCCAAAGCCAAUCCUCAAGCUGUCAACCUUAUGGAGAAAAUGCUAGUCCUGGAUGCUGAUCGGCGAAUUACUGCAGCAGAAGCCUUGGCACAUCCUUACUUUGAGCAAUACCGGGAGCCAGACGAGGAAACUGAGGGGGAGCCAUAUGAUCACUCUUUUGACAACCGGGACCUUUCUGUGGAACAGUGGAAACGUCAUACAUUCACAGAGAUCCUGUCCUUUAAGCCGAUGGUAGUUGAAUCUCGGGAAACAUCCCUUUAAGGCACUGCACCUAUAUGGUGACAAUGGACCACACCUCUCUGUACCUCUUCUCCUUAUCCCGUGGUGUUGGCCUUUGUGUAAGCCAAAGUUCUGUUGCAUACUGUGCCAAAGUCAGCGUGCUAGGAGCAUUACUUGUUUUGGGAUCCUUAUUACCUACCGACCAAACACUGUGAUGGGCCUGCAUUUAGUCUCUCUGCUGUCUUGGAGCCCACCACCAUCGUCCAUGCAUUCCUCUUGUGUGUGCUGGCAGCUGCAUGGCAGGCUGAGUGCUGUUGCAUCAGCCCAACUUAAAACAUACCACUGUAAAUAUUGUAAGUGGACUUUGAACCAUGAACAAGCCAUUGUGACUCAACUACAGUGAUCAGGCAAGGGUAGCUGAUACAUUUUUUCAGUGAAAUGUAAGUCAUAUAGUUCAGCCAGUAUUUCUUAGGACUUGUAUGAUAUCCCCAGGUCUAUUGGCUGUUUACUGCAAAUACACGUUGAGCUCCCUGCGGCACACGAGUCUUCUCUCCAGCUGCUACCUUUUUAUUUGUAGUUUUUCUCUGUUCGGUGUCAAGUUGUCUUUGGGUCCACAUUUAAUGUGCACUCUGCUCAUCGUUACUACCACACUGCCAUUAUUAAGUACUUGCUUUGUUCUCUACCGUGUCGUAGUCUUUUCUUUAACAUCAGUAUGCACUAGUUUCUUUCUUUCAUUUUAUUCCAAACCCUGCACAGAUUGGUUUUAUUUUCAUAUAGUCAAUUUCUCCUGGAUUUUCUUUUUUUUUUUUUUUUGUUGCUUUCCUUCUCUGUCAUUUUGUGUCCUUAUUUAGCAUCAACUCUGUCCCAUGUGCCUGUACCUUGGUGGUGUCGCACACACUGGCAUGACAGUUCUGUAUCUGAUAGAGAUCUUAACCUGUGUGUGGCACAUUUACACCCACACCUGUAAAUAAACACUACUUCCUCAGGACCAAUUCUUUUUUUCUUUUUGUUUUUUUUAUACUGCUACACAUUCCUAUGCAAUCCCUGGAAACUGUGUGGUAUGGUUUUAUUUUAAUAAACAUCUCUUUUGUAA